UGACAGUUUUUGAAAGAAUGUUCCGUGGGAAGGCAACUGAAAACGAAUUUUGAUGCAGUAAAUUUAUGUAUAAUAACUUUCUAGCAAACAGUGCAUAUUUAUUUCCAACUCUGUGUUGGAAUAGGUCAUCCAUGCGAAGCGUUCAAGGAUUCCAUACAGUUUCUGUGUGGCCCAUUUUAGAAACAAGAUGUGGCCACUAUUUUUCUUGUGGGAUGCCAGUUUGAUUAGUGUGUUCCUUCACACUUUAACGGUAAUAUUGAUUUUCAUUUUGACCAUCAACAUUAUCAAGUACAUAACUCCAGAUCUUCAUAUCCCAAUCAGGGAUACGUCUAAGCAACAUAACUGGCGUAAUGGAAAACUUUUGUCCAAGACAUGUUACUGCAGUGUUUGUGAAGCACUAAUGGUGACAGGACGAGGGGUAUACUGUGACUGCUGUGGAGUCUGUGCAGAUAGAGGCUGCAUUAAAGUAGCUGAUCGGAAGAUCAAGUGUAAGGCUAUCACAUCGAGUGAUAAGGGCCCCAUGAAACAUCACUGGGUGAAAGGUAAUCUUCCAAUAGGUGCUUGUUGCUACGUAUGUGAAGAGGAAUGUGGAUCAGAAUAUGGAUUAGUGGACUGGUUCUGCUGUUGGUGCCAGCGAACUGUUCAUUCACGAUGUCGUGUUCACCUUGAAGAGGUUUGUGACUUUGGACCAUAUCGUAAUCAGCUGAUUCCACCUAGUUGUGUUGUACUAACUAAGAAGCGAAGCAGCGUACGUAGGAAACUUCAACUCCGUUCAGUUAAAUCUCCUGGGUGGGAGAACUGGACGCCAAUUAUUGUACUAGCAAACUGUAAGUCUGGUAACAAUGACGGGAACAUGAUCUUGUCACUGUUUCGACGCCUUCUGAACCCUGCACAAGUACUUGACUUGGGUGAACAGCCACCUGAGGCUGCAUUAGAAUGGUGUUCUCUGCUGGGAAAUGUUCGAGCCACAGUACUUGUAGCAGGAGGUGACGGAACUAUUGGAUGGGUUCUGAAUUCAGUUAAUAACCUACAGUUAAAGCCAAAUCCAGGAGUGGCCAUUUUGCCAAUAGGAACAGGGAAUGACUUGUCACGCAUUCUGGGCUGGGGCAAGGCACAUUGUCCUGAUUCUGAUCCAGGUGUAGUUCUUCAACAAGUACAGAAUGCCCAUCUUGUUCAACUGGACAGAUGGAAGAUUGAAGUGCAUCCAUACCGCCAUUUGGGUAUCCGCUUGCCGGUACGAAAUAUGUUCAUGUACAACUAUUUGAGUGUAGGGGUGGAUGCUCAAGUAACCCUGGACUUUCACCGUGCUCGUGCGUCUCCCUUUUAUAUUAUCAGCAGCCGACUGAUCAACAAGAUGUUGUAUUUAACAUACGGGACACAGCAAGUGAUGGAAAGAGGAUUCCGAGACUUGGAACAGCGCUUAGAACUUUAUCUUGACGGUGUGCGCGCCAAUCUUCCUUCCAUUGAAUCAGUUGUGGUACUCAAUAUCCCAUCAUGGGGUGCGGGUGUUCAUCUCUGGAGCAUGGGUGCAGCUGGCAGUGAGGAUGUUGCCCCCCAGAGCUACAGUGACGGAAAGUUGGAGGUGGUUGCUUUGUAUUCUUCAUUCCAUAUCGCACAGCUCCAGGUUGGACUAUCUCAACCACACAGAGUGGGACAGGCCUCUUGUGUUCAGAUCAAACUAAAGGAUAGGAUACCAGUUCAGGUAGACGGAGAGCCUUGGGAACAACACCCGGCGGAGCUGAACAUAACAUUUCACAACCAGGCAACGGUACUCAAAUGUGCAGAAGUGGGAGAAUGAAUACCAUCUAACCUGCCCAACUUCCAGGUUGGGUCAAGUGUGUUGACUCUAUAAUGCUUUUAUAUGUGUUGACACAAUACAUUCUUACUCAGUGUUGUUUUACUGUUACAUAUCCUGAAACAUUGUUAAUGUUGCAACUCUCAUAUUUUAUGACUGUUAGUUUUUAAUGUUGGAUAGCUAUAUUUAUAUUUUAUAGCUAAACUGUUUUGUUAUAUAAAUGUUACCUGUUAUAGACAUUUUUUAAAGUAUUAACUAAAUGUGUUACAUGAAAUAUGCAAUUGCACUAAAAUGUGUAAUGAAUUUAACAAAUAUUAUUGUGGUGCUGACUUACUUCACUCUUUGCUUUCCAGGAAUACAGUGCCAAAGAUAUGCCCAGAAUGGGGUAUUUAUAGUAAUUACCAAUGAAUGGGGGGGGGGGUUAAAAAAUUCAUACCUGGAUAUGGAUUGGUAAUAAGAACCACAGUGUAAAAUUCAGUAUUACCAGAAUUCAGAUUUUAAUGGAACUGAAUGAUACAAAUCGAUGCUUUUAUGUAAGAAUUACAGAGAGGUAGCUUGUAGUUAUGUCCCCAUAGUAGUUCCAUGGAAAUUGGAAUUUUGUGAUUAGUACUUAAUGUAAAACAACUGCACUGGUACUUGGAUUGCAUAGAAUAUAUUUCUCACUGCAAAUAUUUAAAUAACAAAACAAAACAGACAACAUCCAGGCAAUGAUACCUCCUUCAUUUAUAAUCAUCUUCAUCAGCAGGAGAAGCUGAAAGGGACAGUAAGGUCACUGACUGUAUCCAAAAUUGCAAUUUCCCCCCAGUUCUUAGUUGCUGGAGGUUCAGUUAUGUUCUUGGCAGUGAUCUGUAUAUGUUACAGAACAACUUUACUUAACACUGGAACAUUUUUUUUUUUUAGAGAGAUGCCGAUAAUCCAGUGACACACUGGGAAGGAGCAGUUGUUUUAUAAAAGUAAAUUAACCUUUUAUAUACUGAAAUCAAUAUAUUAUUUUUUUAUAAAAAUGAAUAAUCAAAAUCAUUACAAUAAAAAUUUAACAUACUUUUGAGUGCAUUUUCUAUGAACUUUUACUUUUUUCUUUUAUGAAAAAGGAACUCAUUGCCAUUGCAUACUGGCAGAAAAGUCAUCAUUGACAACUCAUUACCAUAGUCACACAGAACAGUAGAUGAUUAUGAAAGAAAUAAAAUCACUGAUGCUUGCCUUAAGGAGGAAGGUGAGCAUUCCAAAAUGUUUUCAGUGAUAUGCUAUUAUUACCUGAUGAGAAGCAGCGCCUGACAUGGUCUUCGACUGCUAUUGGCAAAGCCUAGAUGGAAUAUUGUACUGUGACAUGUUGCUGUUGAAUUAGUAUAGAAUUUAUUUUAACACUGUAAUCAUGAAUUUCGCGGGUCACAGUAGCCGAGCGGUCUAAGGCAUGUACUGUUUUCGCUUGCUUGGAAACCGGGAUCGUGGGUUCAAAUC